AUGGCUUCCCGUAAUCGUACCACGAUAUCUCCGAAAGAGCAAAACGUCUGGAAUGUGCCCGCGCAACCGAAGCCGGAGCCGGUCAGUGGAAAGCCGCGCAAAUUAUCCACGGGAAACACCACUUCCAAGCCAGCUUCACCGUCCACCGUGGAACAAAGUGUGAGCGGGUCCAAAAUUCCGCUGCCUACCGUGUCGUCGAGCAUGUUGAAAAAAUCGCAGGACAAAUUUAUUCAGGUGCAACGUCAGCAUGCUGAAACGGCAAUGAAGUACGCUGCCGAGUACGUGUCGAGCGAGGAUGACGAUGAGGAGGAGGAACAGGAUGAAAACAACGGAGAAGGUAGUGAUGUGGCCACCCGAAACAUUCUUGGUAAUGUGCUGAAAAAUUAUCACGGUAUCGACGCGGAUGUGGGCAAAACACAGGAAUAUUUGCAAAACCUGCUCGAAUCGCGCAAUGCCGUGUGCCUGAUCUGCAUCGAGACGGUGAAACGAGCGGACAGGAUAUGGUCCUGCAGCGCGUGCUACACGUUCUUUCACCUCAUGUGCAUACAACGAUGGGCUAAUGAUAGCAUGUCUAUGAAGCGCAUGAACCACGAGCAGCAGGAGGGCUACUACAACAACCGUGGGGAGUACAUUCCUAAGCCGGCACUCAAUGUGCAAUGGGACUGCCCGAAGUGUCGACGGGAGUAUGUGCCGGAGGAAAUUCCUCGCCACUAUGAGUGCUUCUGUGGCAAGGAGCGAGACCCAAGCGCACACCCCUGGUUGAUACCGCAUUCAUGCGGCGAACCGUGUGAAAAGAAACUAACUCCAGCGUGUGGUCACACGUGCCGGUUACUGUGCCAUCCAGGACCGUGUCCACCAUGUCCGCAAACAAUUAAUGUUUCAUGUCGCUGCGGUUGUUCGCCGGUGAAAACAAUCCGAUGCGCGCAAAAGACGUGGACAUGUACCAAAAAGUGUAAACGUACAUUGAGCUGUGGAAUACAUGAAUGCGGUACCCAAUGCCACGAUCGCGACAAUUGCCCACCGUGCCAGAAUCGCAGUGAGCAGCUGUGUCUUUGUGGGUCACAAACCAAAGAGGUCAACUGUCACGAAUCACGCUGGCAGUGUGGAACAGUAUGUAGUAAACCAUUAUCAUGUGGUCUACAUCGUUGCGAACGUGUUUGUCAUGCUGGACUUUGUGGUGCCUGUCCGUUGGGGUUACCACGGUCCUGUCCGUGCGGUAAAUCGGAAACACGAGUCGCAUCCUGCGCCGAACAUAUUGGAACAUGUGGUGAUACGUGCGAUAAGCUACUUGCUUGUGAACAACACCGCUGUCCGGAACGAUGUCAUCAAGGACCGUGUGGGAAGUGUCUGGAACUCGUACCAAAAGUCUGCCGUUGCGGUUCAACGAAAAAGCCGAUCGUAUGUCACCGGGAAGCUAUUUGCGAGGGUCGAUGCAAGCAGUUACGCAAUUGUGGCAAGCAUCAGUGCAAUCGCAAAUGUUGCGAUGGACAGUGUCAGCUGUGUGAUAGGGUGUGCGGGAAGACAUUACCCUGCGGGAAGCAUAAAUGCAGCUCACUUUGCCAUCAGGGUCCGUGCUAUCCGUGCAAUCAAAAAUCCAGCGUAAAAUGCCGUUGUGGUGGUACUGUUGUCGAAGUGGCGUGUGGUCGUGAAAGGAAAGCGAAUGCACCGAAAUGUAAGCUUCCCUGUCGGGUGGCUUCCAAAUGUCAUCAUUCUAAUACGCACUCGUGCCACACGGGAGAAUGUCCGGCAUGUACGCAGCCAUGCGGUGAGCGGAACGAUACGACCAACUGUGAACAUCCGUGCGGAGCAAAAUGCCACGAUGCCGUACGGGUGGUGACACGUGACAAAAACUUUAAACCUGUUGGCCCAUGGGAUGUGCCGAAGGAGAUUGUUGAGGUAAAAACUUUACCUCAUCCGGCAUGUACCGCGAAGGUGCCGGUCAUGUGUCUGGGUGGUCAUGAAACCAUAGAUUGGCCGUGCUCCAUCUCGAAACCAUCGUCCUGUGGUAGGCCCUGCGAUCGAUUGCUUAAAUGCGGUGUGCAUCGUUGUCCGCUGGCUUGUCACAAGGUAACGCAUCGUGCCAGUACAACGCAAGAUUCACGCUGUGAGGCCUGUUCCGCUGGAUGUUCCCUUUCCCGUCCGACAGGAUGCAUUCAUCAGUGUAUCCUACCUUGCCACAAGCCUCCUUGUAAUCCGUGCCUGGUGUCUAUCAAAGCAAACUGCUAUUGCGGUCUCACGCAGGUGUUUUACAAAUGCCAUGAGUUUUAUCCUGCCGGUGUGGAGAACAAAGGACCGGAAGAGAUGGCCGAGCUGGAUCGCCGGCGAGAAUCGUUUCUGAGCUGUGGUCAGAAAUGUAUCAAAAAUUUCCCCUGCGGACACCGCUGCUUUUCUAUCUGUCAUCCUGGACGUUGUCCAAAUCCGGAGCUGUGCUCUAAGAAGGUUAAAAUAAGCUGCAAAUGUGCCCAUCGUAAGGCAGAAGUAAGCUGUAAGGUGGCGCGCAACAAUCCAACUCUAGACUGUGACACACAAUGUGAAGCCAUCAAGGCACAGAAACAGGAGGAGCGGGAUCGUAAGGAGCGGGAGGCACGGGCCCAACAGGAGCUCGAAAAUCAGCGCGAACUGGAGGAGUACGAGCGCAAAUUUAACAAACGAAAAUAUCGUGAACGUAAACGUCAUCAGGUGCAACAGGAGGAAACAGGAAGACAUUGGGCUGUAUACGUGCUGCCGGUUGUGGCAGUUUUGCUAGGUGUAGUUGGAUAUAUUUUGUUUAUGGAAUAA